AUGCCCCAGCGUGCUCAUAAAGCUCUCUCGUGCGUUCUCUCACGCACUCUCUCACGCACUCUCACGCACUCUCUCACGCGCUCUCUCACACUCUCUCACGCGCUCUCUCACCUGCUCUUUCAGGGCUCUCUCACGUGCUCUCACACGCUCUCACGCGCUCCCUCACGCGCUCUCUCACACUUUCUCUCACGCGCUCUCUCACGCCCUCUCUCACGUGCGCUCUCACGGACGCCUUCACGCGUCUCUCACGCGCUCUCUCACGCGCUCUCUCCUCGCUCUCUCACGCGCUCUCUCACGCGCACUCUCACGCGCUCUCUCAUGUGCUCUCUCACGUGCGCUCUCGCGCGCGCUUUUACGCGCUCUCUCACGCGCUCUCUCACGCGCUCUCUCACGCGCUCUCUCACGCGCUACCUCACGUGCUCUCUCACGCGCUCUCUCACGCGCACUCUCAUGCACUCUCUCACGCGUCUCACUCGCUCUCUCACGCGCUCUCUCUCACGCGCUCUCUCUCACGCGCUCUCUCUCAUGGGCUCUCUCUCAUGCGCUCUCUCUCACGCGCUCUCUCUCACGCGCUCUCUCUCACGCGCUCUCUCUCACGCGCUCUCUCUCUCUCUCUCAUGCGCUCUCUCACGCGCUCUCCCACGCGCUCUCCCACGUGCUCCCUCACGUGCUUUCUCUCACGCACUCUCACUUGCACUCUCACGUGCACUCUCACGUGCACUCACUCGCACUCUCAUUCGCUCCCUCACGCGCACUCUCAUCCGCACUCUCACGCGCUCUCUCACGCGCACUCUCACGAGCUCUCUCACGCGCACUCUCACGAGCUCUCUUACGCGCACGAGCACUCUCACGCGCACGCGCUCUCUCACGCGCACGCGCUCUCUCACGCGCACGCGCUCCCUUACGCGCAUGAGCUCUCUCACGCGCUCUAUCACGCGCACUCUCAGGAGCACUCUCACGCGCACGCGCUCUCUCACGCGCUCCCUCACGUGCUCUCUCACGCGCUCCCUCACGUGCUCUCUCACGCGCUCUCUCUCACGCGCUCUCUCUCACGCGCUCUCUCUCAUGCGCUCUCUGUCAUGCGCUCUCUCUCACGCGCUCUCUCACGCGCUCUCUCUCACGCGCUCUCUCUCACGCGCUCUCUCUCAUGCGCUCUCUCACGCGCUCUCCCACGCGCUCUCCCACGUGCUCCCUCACGUGCUCUCUCUCACGCACUCUCACUUGCACUCUCACGUGCACUCUCACGUGCACUCUCACUCGCACUCUCAUUCGCUCCCUUACGCGCACUCUCAUCUGCACUCUCACGCGCUCUCUCACGCGCACUCUCACGAGCUCUCUUACGCGCACGAGCACUCUCACGCGCACGCGCUCUCUCACACGCACGCGCUCCCUUACGCGCAUGAGCUCUCUCACGCGCUCUAUCACGCGCACUCUCAGGAGCACUCUCACUCGCACGCGCUCUCUCACGCGCUCCCUCACGUGCUCUCUCGUGCGCUCUCUCGUGCGCUCUCUCGUGCGCACUCUCACGCGCGCUUUCCUGCGUGUUCGCUCCCGUGUACAUGCUCUCCCUCGCGCUCCGUCUCUCCCCUUCUUCAAAUGAAAUUGCAAUGCGAGAGGAGACCAAUCUACACAAAAACUUUACGAGGAGAGCAAAGGAGGGACACGCGACGGCGGGGAGGAGGGAAAGGCGACGGCGGGGAGGAGGGAUACGCGACGGCGGGGAGGAGGGAGAGGCGACGGCGGGGAGGAGGGAGAUGCGACGGCGAGGAGGAGGGAGAGGCGACGGCGAGGAGGAGGGAGAGACGACGGCGGGUAGGAAGGAGAGGCGACGGCGGGUGGGAGGCGACGGCGGGUGGAAGGGAGAGAGGACGGCGCGGUGGGAAAGAAAGGAUGGCGGGGUGGAGGAACGUCGUUACUUUUAGUCUCCGGCUCUUGCCGUCCUCGUCGCUGCCGACCGUUCACUCGCGCGCCGCCACCAGCACCAUGUGGCGGGUGGCGUGUCGCGAGGCGCGCAAGCAAGUCGCGUCGCUGACCCAUGGGCCCGCGUGUCACGGCGCGCACGGCGCGCCCGCACCGGGCGGUCCUUAUCCGCUGCAUUCCCUCGCGCACGUCGCCCCGCCCACCGCCGUCACGCCGCAUCACGCGCGCCUCAUCCCGUCGCUCGUCGUCGCUCACGGCCCCGCAUCCCUCGCCACCAACGCGACGCGCAUCGGCGCAUGGCGACACGCGUCGCCCCUCGCGCUCACGCUCACCUCCCCCUCGCUCUCCGCUCUCCGUUCCGCCCUCACGCACUCCUCCGCCAGCCUCUCUUCCGCCACCCUCUCCGCCGCCGCCGCUCUGCCCGCCGCAGCCCGCGCAAGCCUCGCCGUCCCCGCGGCAGGCGCGGCGGCAGGGCGGGCGGCAGGCGUGAGCGUGUGGAAGCACUGCGGGCGGUGCUACUACGAGCUCAGCAAGACGCGGCUCAGGUGGGUGGGGCGCGGCUCAGGUUGGCGCUACGCGGCUCAGGUGGGUGCGGCUCAGGUGGGCGCUACGCGGCUCAGGUGGGCGCUACGCGGCUCAGGUGGGUGCGGCUCAGGUGGGCGCUACGCGGCUCAGGUGGGUGGGCGCGCGCGCAUAGGCGGGGAGCUGGCAUGUCCCGUUGCUCUGAAUGUGAAGAUGGCGCCUUUUCCGUUGCUCUCUCGUGUGCCUCACCUCGUCUCGCGCGUAGCGUCCACCCACCACAAACAGCAGCUUCCGCUGCGCACAGCAUUCCCUCUAUUCCCUCCCCUCCUCCUGCCACAAACACCCGUGCCUCCCGCUCACAUGCGCCCCCAACCCCCUGCACCAUAUCUCCCCUCUGCGCGCCUCACACCCCCCAGCCUGCUGGUGGUGGCGACGGCAGCAGCGGGGUUUGUGAUGGGCAGUGGCGACAACGUUGACUGGGCGGGACUUGGAUGGACCUCGCUUGGAACCUUCCUCGCAGCUGCCUCCGCCAAUACGUGGAACCAGGUGUACGAGGUGGCGAAUGACGCCCUCAUGAAGCGCACGCGGGGAAGGCCGUUACCAGCAGGGCGGAUGACCCGGCAGCACGCCAUCGCAUGGGGACUGCUCACUGGGGCCAGCGGCCUCGCCAUCCUCGCAACCCAGACCAACAGCAUGACGGCAGGCCUAGGAGCCGCCAACAUACUGCUGUAUGCAGGCGUGUACACGCCCCUCAAGCAGCUGCACAUCGCCAACACGUGGGUGGGCGCUGUCGUCGGCGCCAUCCCGCCUCUCAUGGGGUGGGCGGCGGCGAGUGGGGGGCUGGACUGGGGGGCGGGGGUGCUGGCAGGGGCGCUGUACCUGUGGCAGAUGCCGCACUUCCUUGCUCUCGCCUGGCUCUGCCGCAAGGACUAUGCUGCCGGGGGCUACCGCAUGCUGUCUCUGGCGGACCCCACGGGGCGGCGCACAGCAGCAGCAGCGCUGCGCAACUGCUGCUACAUGCUGCCGCUGGGACUCGCUGCUGUCUCCCGUGCGCCCUCCCCGCCCUCCCCGCCCUCCCUACUGUCUCUACCCCUCCACCCGUGCCCUCACCCUUCUCAUCCCUCGCCCUUCUCAUCCCUCACCCUUCUCAUCCCUCGACCGUCUCACUCCAGACCUCCCUCCCUCCGCUCACCCCCACCUCGUUCCCCUCCUCUCCCAGUGGGGUGCACCACAGCACCGUUCCUAUGGGAGAACGUGCUGCUAACGGGGGCGUUCACAGCAGCGGCAGCGCCCUUCUAUCGCAGCCCCUCGUCAGCGUCAGCCAGGCAGCUGUUCCGCGCCAGCCUGCUCUUCCUGCCCGCCCUCAUGGCCGCCAUGCUGCUGCACCGCCUCCCCCACCACCCCCUCCCCGCCCAUGCUCUCUCCCCCACCCCCGCGCCCGCACUCACCCAUGCGCUUCUUCCCUCCCACGCUCCUGCAGUGAUGGCAGGUGCAGGCGAGGGUGGGGUAGGGGGAGCAGCAGUGGGAGAGCAUGGGGCGAGGGAGGAGGUGGGGCGGAAGGCAUGGGGGGAGGCCGGGGCCAGGAGGGCAUGGGAGGCAGCAGGGAGUGGCGAGAGGGGCGAGGGCAGGAGGAGGGCGAGUCUUCCUCCAGUGGCGUAUUACUCGGCGGCUCCCUUUCCCUUCCUCCCCGUGCCCCACUAUGCAUGA